AUGGCCACCGCAGCCGUUGUGACCGCACCCCCUACAGACCGUACAACUUACGAAGAAGCUCACAAUGGUGCGGCAGCAUACUUGCAGUCGCGACUCGCUGUGAAGGAUGAAGCCUUAGACAAAGACUUUUCAGUUCCCGUGAUUGAUCUUGCGCCUUCGUUUUCUCCAAUACUUGCUGAUCGUCAGGCUGUCGCGGAACAGAUCCGCAAGGCGUGCACAACAUCUGGAUUUUUCUAUAUCGCCAACCACGGUGUGUCAAAGCAGGCCCGAGAUGGCAUAUUGGAACAAUCUAAGCGUUUCUAUGAUGAACUGAGUCUCGAACAGAAAGAGGACUUGCAUAUCAAGAAAAACCAGCUGGGCUUGGGCUGGGAACCAAGCGAGUACACAUCCAUUGCCGGCGAUCAAGAACGGAAGGAAGGAUUCAACUUUUCGUACGAAGCCGCGCUUGAUCCUACGGGAGGCGAUGGAUUGUAUCGGAAUCUUGAUGGUACGGAUUACCGGGGUAAUAUGUGGCCAAAGGAGGAGGAUUUACCUGGAUUUCGUGCAGCAGUCAAGGAGUACUAUGGUGGCGUACUCAGCCUUGCGCGCCACCUCUUCCGGCUUUUCGCGCUGUCGCUAGACUUACCAGAAACAUACUUUGACUCCAUGGCCACACACCCCGGUGGUAUUGCACGACUGCUUUAUUACCCACCGCCCAAAAGAGCUCAGCCUGCGAUAUCAGACCAAGAGCAAAUCGGGCUGGGCGCGCAUUCGGAUUACGAGUGCUUCACUCUACUGCUCACUUCGUCAACGCCGGGUCUAGAAAUCUUGAAGCCAUCUGGAAAGUGGCACAUCGCAUCUCAAGAGCCUAACACGUUCAUAAUCAACGUUGCCGACUUCUUAAUGCGCUGGACGAAUGGGCUCUACAAAUCCACUGUCCAUCGCGUUGUCAACCGAAGUACCGAAGCGAGAUACAGCGUCCCGUUCUUCUUUUCGGUCAACUACGAUACAGUGGUUGAAACGCUCCCCACAUGCUUGAGGGAGGGGGAAGUGAGCCCAUGGAAACCCAUCAGAGCUGGCGAAUACAUUCUCGAGCGACUGAAUGCUACGACGAAAAAUGCGUACGGCUUCAAAGGGAACGAAGCGAUUCAUGACGAAAAAGAGGCGUAA